GCCGCAUCAGCUGCAGGUCAGUCAAAUCUAUGAGGACCCAAACAGCAACUUCGGUUUUACUGCUGCCGCACAAAUCUCUAUUCAAAUUUCUGACCUUUCUACCGAUUCACAGUCCACCCGGAUUACAUCUCGACUGCAGGGGGUUGGGUACCGUACAUAACGUUCUUUACGAUAAUGUGUUAAAUCCGGUUUGAGAAAAUCCACCGAGACGUUUUACAUACAAAUUAACUGUCAACUUUUGUAGUGUUCGACACUGCUCGGUACCGCCCUCUGUGUGGGAGCGACAAGACCGUCAUGGGUUCAGAAAGAUCGACGUUAUAUUGAAGUAACUGCUAGUUGCUGUGCUUAGUGUUGGCCGAAAUGAGUGGAUGCUACCGAUUUCUUAAAUAUAAUUCUUCUGUGGCCUUACGGAUCGUAAGCCUUACAGAUGACCACAGACGCAUAACAGCGCCAAAUUUUUAACGCAGUUCGGCGUGACGGUGUAGGUUGGGAUUUUACGUGAAUAAAUGUUUUUAGUGUGUUGGAUUUGCGCCGAACUGAAGACAGGAUCGUGUACAUUUGGUUCAUCCUUCAUGUUUGACAUUUUUUACUCUUAAUUAAUUAGUAAAUAAAUUCUGUAAUUCGAGUUUUGAGCGGAGUCUGGCGUGAAAAGCUGUGAAAGAGUCUUGUGAAAUAUGUGCUCUCUGGUGUACUAAAGAUCUGCCGAAAGGAAAAGUGGCCUUUUUCAUAUAUGGCACUCCUCAACUUUAAGCUUUAAUAGAUUGUGGGUAAACUAACGCGGAAGUAUUAAAACGUCCAUUUUCUAACGGAGUCUGGCUGAAGGUCUCCUCCCCAUAGGAGAGAGAGUGGACAGGCUUGGCAACCGUUCAGCUGACAUCGGCUGGCUGUGGGAUGUGCUGCAUGCUCUCACACUAACCAACCGGGAUUUUCUGUUCACGCUCGGAGGAAUCAGUUCGCGCCGAAUGGAAGAACAGACGCUGUUGAGUUGUGAAAUGCAUUUUGGACUGGUCUGGAAGACUGUUUGAUUUGCACAUGAGCGAAGACGCGUUACAUGAUUAGAAUUUUGAACGGUGUCUGGCCCCCCGCCCCCCCGACUGAUCGAGCAGGGAUCUCCUUGGAAACGGGCAGUGACAGCGUCCCCCCCCACCCCCACCCCCUCCUCUCGCUUCGUCCUCUCACCAAGGAUGGUUGGUUCUGAGAUCCGCCGCCUGCUCGUCCACUAGCACCAGACUGGGCCAUUUCCAGUGAACUGAUGUUCUCCAGCAGAAUGAGUCUGACCCAGUCCAGCCUGCUGUAUGGACAGCUGGACGACUUACAGGAGCUCGCCUUCAUCGAGAGGCCGAUCCGCAGGAGUCUCAAGACGGCCGAGGAGAUCGAUCAGCUGACUGUGGAUGAAGACCUGAAUGACAUAGAGAGAGCUGUCUACCUGCUCAGUGUGGGUCAGGAGGUGCAGAGAGUGAGCGUCAUCAGUAACCUGCCAAGUCUGGUCCGCCAGAAUCCAGCUGAGACAUUUCGUCGGGUCGUCCCAAAGGUCCGGGAGGUCCUGAAUGGAUCCGGAGCUGAGACCCAACUGGCAGCAGCAGCAUCGUUUUUAACCAUCCUACAGGACGACAUCAUUCUGAUCCACACCCACACCUACUCCAUCCUGAAGACAGUCCUGCUGCACCUGAAUCACAGAGACACAGUGGUGAGCAACGCCUGGUUGGAGACCCUGCUGUCGGCCAUCAAUGCUUUACCCAAAGAGACCAUCAAACAGGAGGUGCUGAACCCUCUCCUGUAUCAGUCUCAGCUGUCUCACUCUCUUCAGGCUCGUCUAGCCAGCUGUCGCAUUUUAGGAAAAGUUGCCUGCAAGUUUGAUUCCCACAUAGUGAAGACUGAGCUGCUGCCGUUGGCUCGGUCUUUAUGUCAGGAUGUGGAGUUCGAGGUCCGAGCCUGUAUGUGCCGUCAGCUGGAGAGCAUCGCCAGGGCAACCGGGGUGGAUGACACCAGGACAGAGCUGCUUCCUGAACUGGUGGAGCUCGCCGGAGACGAGGAGAGCAGCGUCCGGCUUGCCGCCUUCGACACCAUCAUCAACCUGAUGGAGAUGAUUGACGGCGAUGACAGGCUCCAUGUGGUGGUUCCUCUGGUGAUGUCAGUGUGCGAGGCAUCGUCGCAGGCAGAUGAAUCUGUUGCUGCAUCUUUGUCGUUCCAGUUUGGGAAGCUCUGCAAUGGACUGGCAGUCUCUCUGUCAGACGAGCAGAAGGGCCGGUUGCUGCAGAGGUUUAAGGUGCUGUGUGUCGCCGGUCUGCAGACUGAAGGAAACCAGACUGACAUCAACAACGAGUCAAAGCUGAUACGCUGCAACUGUUGCUACAACUUACCGGCCAUGGUGGUGUUCGCUGACUCAGCCCACUUCCAGUCAGAGCUCUACCCCUCUUUCUCCAGUCUAUGUUGUGACCCGGAGGUCAGCGUUCGACGGAGCGCUGCAGCCAGUUUCCAUCAGGUGGUGAAGCUGCUUGGUUCAAAUGUUCAGAUCGUCCACAAAGAGCUUCUGGUUCUGCUACAGGACGAUGCUCUGGAGGUGCUGGACGCGCUGAUGAAUCACCUGGAAGAAACUCUGGAGGCGGUUCUGUCCAGAGGAGAGAACCUGACGCUGGACAACAAGUUCCCGGAGCUGCUGUCGGCUCUGUUGUUGGCGGAGCAGAAGGUUGGAUGUUCUCUGCGUUGGCGGCUGCAUGAGAAGCUGCUGCAGCGUUACAGCUGUCUGGCCAGACUACUGCCGGGAGAAGUGCUGCACCAGAGCUUCUCCCCUCGCAUCUUCAUCAUUCUCACCACCAAUAAGGUGUUGCCGGUGCAGAAGGAGGCGGCUCGGACAUUCUGCACCUUCCUCCGCUAUAACCGCAAACAGGAGCAGCGUCAGGAGAUGAUGGAGCGUCUUAUCCAAGAUCUGGCUCAGGGUAGGAGCUACUGGAACCGUCUGAGGUUCCUUGAUGUUUGUGAAACAGCCACUGAGAUUUUCUCCAGAAAAUACUUCAACAAACAUUUCCUGAUUCCAGCGCUGGAGCUUGUCCACGACCCCGUUGCCAAUGUCAGGUACAAGCUGUGUCAGUUGUUGCCCAGGUUACAUUCGUCGCUCCGCCUGCCAGGUGAUAAACAACUGUUGCAGCAACUCGACUUCUGCGUCCAGAAACUCCUCUGCAGAGAGAAAGACAAGGACGUGGUCGCAACCAUCCGCAAGACAGUGUUGGAACUGGACAAACUGGACCUCACAGAACCUUUUCAUAAGAGGCAGGAGAGAGAUUUACUGGACCAGAAGAAGGAGAAGGAGGAGACUCUGCUGCUGGAGAUGGAACAGCUGGAGCGCCAACAGACCGAAGGCAAACUGAACUCUGAAAAACAUACAGAGAGAAAGCGAAGGGAAAGUAAGACGAGUCUGUCUGCAACCAAGUCCAUGUCAGUGUCUUCGUCUGGAGCUGCCUUGUCCUCUGGUAAGGACAUGAGGAAGGCUAAACUGUCACGGAGUCGAUCCCUCAGCAGUCAGCCGACAACUUCCAAACCUGCCAACUCAGACAGACCUUUGAAGGUUAAAGAGCUGAGCAGUACAUCUGGACCUGGGAAGUCCUCCAUGUUACAGAGCAAAGAUGACUCCUUGAGGACUGCCCACUUCACCAUGGCAACCCAAUCCACCCCCUCCAUGCCGGUCCUGAUCCGCAGCAACACCACCAGCCUCCUGGACAGGGCCAGUACGUUGGACCACCGAACAAGUUCCAUGGACCACAGGUCCAGUUCCGUAGACCAGAGAGACCACAGAAGUGGCACGUUGGAUCACAGAACAAGCAGCAUGGACCACAGGAACAAUAUGGUAGACCAGAGAACCAGUACCUUGGACCAGAGAGACCACAGAACCAGUUCCUUGGACCAGCGCAGUAAAACCAUGGACAGAGGUUGCGGGCUUAAGGACAGCCAGUCCAGAAAACUGUCGAUAAACAGGAAGUCGAACUCUUUCAGCGUCCAGUCGGGACGAGACUGAAGAUGUUGAUGUCAUUAUACCUCAACCAGGCCAUCAGCCAUUCAGCAGUCAGAGAAUGGUUCCUGUGGUUUCAGGACAUUACCCAGAAUGCAACAGGACUUCAUCUCUGUCUUAGUGACAGAGACAGUAGAGUCUGACUUCUAUUUGUAUCUACUCAGCACUGUGUAUUCUAAUGAUCUCAUCCUGUCACCUGAUUGGUUCAGUAAAUUCCGCACAUUCAAACUGUUUCUAUGUUCUUAUUGGUUGGUGGUUUCACCUGCUGACGUGUAACUGAUUAGAUUGCUGAGACCAGGAAGUGAUAAAAUCCAUCAGACGGAUCUGCAUCCUGUGAGAUCCGGUUUAACGAAAUGUUCUAAUCUGCCGUAACCAUCGUUCUAACGACAUCUGUGCGACAGGAAGCCUGAUCAUCCCGAUGCUCAUUACAUCAUUUUACCACUACCGUCACCAAGUCGUCAUUACUCCGUCACCGUCCCCUCAUGAAUCUGUCAGACUGUUGUCGAUACCUAAAGCCGUGUCACUACAACAGUUAGAGAACUGCUAUCACAACAUUUACUGGAUAAAAACAGUUAAAGUUCAGACAAAUGAAAAGGUAAAUCAGAAUUUAUUGAAACUGUAAACAGUGAAACUGAACCAAUCAGCUCUCAGAUCCGUCCCAGGCAGGUGGAAACGCCCCAGCACGCCCUGACUGAUGGAGCGGUGGAUUAAAGCUGCAGUCAGCAGAGAAAACUUGUGUCAGCAGACUUUGGUUUUUAUAUUUGUUGUUUUGAAAAUUUUCUGUUAAAACUGAUUGAAAUUCACCUGACUCCUUAUUUAAAGUGACAUUUUUUUUCACUUGUCUGAAGUCAUUCCUGCACAGGAUCCAGAUUACCUUCACAGGAAGU